UGCGCAGCAGCAGCAGCAGCAGCAGCAGCUCUGAUCUCACGCCUCCAUCUCUUUUCUCUUUUUUUUUCUGGUGAAUACUGCCAGCUGCAACUUUUGUCACCGCACAGCUGCCGGUGGUUCCUCCUCACACACAAGCUGGAUUCACUAAAAGUCGAGAGAGGCAGCUGGAUGAUGUCAUAUCCGUGAAGAAGGGUUUCUGUAACCUAUAACGCAGCGAGGAUCUUCGCUGCAUGCAUGCCCACAAACUUUUUUCAUCGCUGCAGUGACGAGAUUUCUCCCCGCUGCCCACAUGGCAUGCGUAACGGGGACGAGUGGAUGGAUGAGCCCCCCUCCUCCCCAGGAAGCUACGGUUUUUACCAGCGCGUAGCGGACGAGGUGUCUUGAGCCCACGGGCAGAAACUCACGUGAAAUUUUGCUGUUCCCGUCGUGGAGGAGGUGGAGGAGGGAAGCGUUCCAUCAGUCGACAGAAUGUGGUCGCUGUCCGCGGUCCUGAACCCGCUGCUGUUUCUGCUGCUGUUCGGAUACUGCCCUUCAGUGACCAUCCGGCCAAAGGAGGGGUGGCAGGUGUACAGCUCGGCUCAGGAUGCAGACGGGCGUUGUAUCUGCACAGUGGUGGCGCCUGAACAGAAUCUGUGCUCCAGAGAUGCCAAAGGCAGACAGCUCCGCCAGCUCCUGGAGAAGGUGCAGAACAUGUCGCAGUCAAUCGAGGUGCUGAACCUGCGGACGCAGAGGGACUUUCAGUAUAUCAUGAGAAUGGAGAGCCAGAUCAAAGGGCUGCGCUCAAAGUUCCGACAGAUCGAGUCGGACAGGAAGACGCUCGUCAACAAAAACUUUCAGGAACUAAAGGGAAAGAUGGAGUCCCUGCAGCCGCUGAUCCCUGUCCUGGAGCAAUACAAGACAGACACCAAGCUCAUCUCCCAGUUCAAAGAGGAGAUCAGGAACCUGUCUGGUGUGUUGAUGGCCAUCCAGGAGGAAAUGGGAGCCUAUGACUACGAGGAGCUGCAACAGAGGGUCCUAAACCUGGAAAAUCGUCUCCGCAGCUGUAUGAAUAAACUCACAUGUGGCAAACUAAUGAAGAUCACUGGGCCGCUGACAGUGAAAACUUCAGGGACCAGAUUUGGAGCCUGGAUGACUGACCCACAGGCGUCUCCCAAAAACAACAGGGUCUGGUACAUGGACAGCUACACCAACAACAAGAUAGUAAAAGAGUAUAAAUCCAUUGCUGAUUUUGUGGCAGGAGUCGAGUCGAGAACCUACAACCUGCCUUUUAAAUGGGCUGGAACCAACCACGUGGUGUUCAACGGCUCUCUGUACUACAACAAGAUGCAGAGCAACAUCAUAGUGAGGUACAGCUUCGAGACGGGCCGCGUGGUCACGCAGAGGGCUCUGGAGUCAGCCGGUUUCCACAACGUGUACCCCUACACCUGGGGGGGCUUCUCCGAUAUCGACCUGAUGGCGGACGAGCUGGGCCUGUGGGCCGUGUACGCGACCAACCAGAACGCCGGGAACAUCGUCAUCAGCCAGCUGAACCCGGACACGCUCCAGAUCCUCAACACAUGGAACACAGAAUACUCAAAGAGGAACGCCGGUGAGUCUUUCAUGAUCUGUGGGACGCUCUACAUCACUAACUCCCACCUGACCGGUGCCAAGGUCUACUAUGCCUACUCCACUAAAACCUCCACAUACGAGUAUACAGACAUUCCCUUUCAUAACCAGUACUUCCACAUGUCUAUGUUGGACUACAACGCCAGGGACCGCGCUCUCUAUGGGUGGAACAACGGCCACCAAGUGCUGUUUAACGUUACACUUUUCCACAUCAUUAAAACUGAGGAUGACUCCUAAACGAGGGACAUACUAAACGUACACAUGAAAGAAAUUAUGAAAACUCGUAUGGUUGUGCUUGAAUGUUCUAAUAAAAUUUAUUUAUUUAUUUAUUUAUUUAUGUCAUUCCCCUGGUUAAUUUUGGCCAUUUCAUACAAAUGUACUUACGGACAUGUUGCUAUUUGCCUGUUUCCAUAUGAAUGUCAAUUAACUAAGAUGUUGCCAACAUGGAAACAUGACAUUUUCUCUAUCAAAAAGAAAUCACAGCGCAAAACCGAAACAAAUCGGUGCAUCAUGAAACAUAAUGCAGGUAACACAUUCAACCAAGUACCUUUGGAAACACUGAAAAAUGAACUUACGGGAAUUUCUGCAGUUCAUUUUUUCUCUACAAAAUGAAAGCUUUUCUAUAAUGAAGCCUUCGUAUUUAUAAUGGUUUUCUCAUUCAGCAUUGCAUUUAUUCUUGCCGCUCUAAUUUAUUCAUAUUUUGACAGUGUUCACUAAUUGUUCGUUUUGUUUCCAUUCUCUUCCUUGCCAUUUAUUCAUCACCGUCUGCUAAUUUAUUCCUGCUAUUCACUGCCUCCAUUAGAUUUCAAUUUGUCUUCGUACUUUUACUUUCAAAACUUCUUGCACUUGACCUUGUACAAGACAAUGAGAAAUGUGGUGAACCAUAAUGCACCUGUAUAGUUACUGUACUUUGCAUUUCAGUGUCUAUGAAGAUUCUCAGUCAUCCAGGUCACAGAAUAUCUCGAGUUACUAAGUCAAAGUACUUCAGCAAACAGCAAAUCUGGCUGCCUUUAACUUAGUGCUUUGAGAUAUGAGCUUUUUUGUAAUUUCAGCAACAGUUUGUAUGCCUUAUUCAGUGCAGUAUGUUCUGUAAGCCCAAGCAUAACAGCUCUUGUGCAUGAAUGUUGGCUAUCCUAAUAGCAUUUUUACUGUAACUGUAUAUCUGUGUAUUUUGUAUCUGCACAACAUCCUGUUCUCCUCCUCUCUAACUAUAUGGUGAAGGUCCAUUUAUACAGACAGCCGUAGAUAACUUUAAUAAUCAUUCAUUUGUGUAAAUAAGAAGAUCUACGUAACCGAAAUAAAAGUAUUGUUUUCA